GGCGCCGCCGAGCGCUGUCUCUGCCCGCCGGAGGAGGGUCUCCGCAGGAACAUCUCCGGUGACUGUGGCACAAGUCUUGGCCAAGUUGUGUCUUGGACGUUGAGGCUCCCGGGAGCCCGGAGCAACUUGGAGGGUCUCCUGGCUCCUUAACCAUAUUCCUACACGUCUCGACUUUUGGGGGUGCUGGGUGCAGCCUCGGGGUGCGUGGAGGGCGGACCGACCGUUCGGGCGAGCAGAGCGGCGGGAAUCUAGGUCCCUCGGCUCGAUUGGCGAACUUACCUGAGACACUGAGACUCAAGAUCGUGCGGAUGUGUGACUAGGACCGAAAGCAGAUUUCCAGGUGGAGUCUUUGAAUUUUUUAAAAGACAACAGUAAUCGGAUCUACUUGAAAAAUUAAGUGAAUUGAUUUGUUUGGAACACUCUUUGACCAAUUCUUUAACAUUUAGCCACUGGAUUCCCAGAAGUUGUGCAUGUGUUCCUGUGGAGGGAGUUGGCAUCGUCGAAAGCAAAGACGGCUGUGAUGCACUUUUUUGAUAUGAGGAUAACAGGAAGCGACAAGACAAUCAUGCCCAUGAGAACUCUAAACCAUUCAGACCAUUUUGUCUUAGUGAAACUGACAGUUGAACUUUGCUCUAGUUGAUGGGCAAAAUUUCUCCUAGACUAUUCAUCAUCCCAAUUUCAUCCUAGUUGAAAAUAUUCAAAUGCCAUAAGAAAUCUUUAUAGAUUUGCACUUAGCUUUUGGAUGGACAUUUCUACAAUGGAGAGAACUGUGUUAUAGCCCCGGUCCAAGGACAUACCAUCAAAUGCCCACAGACUACGGGGUGGGUGUGGAAGGUUCCAAAGAGAAGGAAAACUCAGCAAGUCUGCAGACACCCUGGAACAUGGAAGCAAGCAAGCUUUGAAAGGGACAGCUUUGAAGACACUCCAUGAGUCUGCACGGCUUUCAAGCAAACUAGCACUUGAGACCUUGUGUGACAAAAUGGACACUGGGGACACAGCUCUAGGACAAAAAGCUACCUCAAGGUCUGGAGAAACUGAUAAAGCAUCAGGUAGAUGGAGACAGGAACAAUCAGCUGUUAUUAAGAUGAGCACUUUUGGCAGUCAAGAAGGACAGCGGCAACCACAAAUUGAUCCUGAGCAUAUUGGAAACACAGCAUCAGCACAACUCUUUGGUUCUGGGAAACUGGCCUCACCUAGCGAAGUGGUCCAGCAAGUGGCAGAGAAGCAAUACCCACCACACCGUCCAAGUCCUUAUUCAUGCCAACAUUCACUCUCUUUCCCUCAGCACUCAUUGCCACAGGGGGUCAUGCACAGCAACAAGCCACACCAGAGCCUCGAAGGCCCUCCGUGGCUUUUCCCUGGCCCUUUGCCAUCUGUUGCCUCUGAGGACCUAUUUUCCUUUCCUAUACACGGCCACAGUGGUGGUUAUCCUAGAAAAAAGAUUUCAAGUCUGAACCCUGCUUAUAGCCAAUACUCCCAGAAAAGUCUAGAACAGUCUGAAGAUGCUCACAAAAAAGAGCACAAACCCAAAAAGCCCGGCAAGUACAUUUGCCCUUACUGCAGCAGGGCAUGUGCCAAGCCCAGCGUACUGAAAAAGCACAUCAGGUCCCACACCGGUGAGCGGCCAUACCCAUGUAUACCGUGUGGUUUCUCUUUCAAGACGAAGAGCAAUUUGUACAAGCACAGGAAGUCACAUGCCCAUGCAAUUAAGGCAGGAUUAGUCCCUUUCACAGAGUCAGCGGUGUCAAAACUGGAUCUAGAGGCCGGUUUCAUUGAUGUAGAAGCAGAAAUACAUUCAGAUGGUGAACAGAGUACAGACACAGAUGAGGAGAGUUCUUUGUUUGUUGAGGCUUCUGACAAAAUGAGUCCUGGCCCACCCAUUCCACUGGAAAUGGCCAGCAGAGGUGGCUAUCACGGGUCAUUGGAAGAAUCGCUGGGAGGUCCAAUGAAGGUGCCGAUUUUGAUUAUCCCCAAAAGUGGAAUUCCUUUACCUAAUGAAAGCUCUCAGUAUAUUGGCUCUGAUAUGUUACCAAAUCCGUCUUUAAGUACUAAGGCUGAUGACUCUCACACAGUUAAACAGAAACUUGCACUAAGACUGUCAGAGAAAAAAGGACAAGAUUCUGAGCCAUCUCUGAACCUUCUGAGCCCGCACAGUAAAGGAAGCACUGACUCUGGUUACUUUUCCCGCUCAGAAAGUGCAGAGCAGCAGAUCAGCCCUCCAAACACAAACGCGAAGUCUUAUGAAGAAAUCAUCUUUGGAAAAUACUGUCGGCUUAGUCCGAGAAAUACACUCAGUGUUACUACCACAAGUCAGGAACGCGCCACGAUGGGUAGGAAGGGCACCAUGGACUCAUUACCUCACGUCAACACCAGGUUAGAUGUCAAGAUGUUUGAAGAUCCUGUUUCACAGCUGAUCCCAAGCAAGGCAGAAAUUGACCCCAGUCAGACAGGCAUGCUAAAAUCCACCAAAUUCAACAGUGAGUCAAGACAAUCCCAGACGAUUCCAUCAUCUAUCAGGAAUGAAGGAAAACUUUAUCCAGCCAAUUUCCAAGGUGGCAGCCCAGUUCUCCUCGAAGCUCCAGUUGACUCUUCACCCCUUAUUCGAAGCAACUCAAUGCCAACUUCUUCAGCAACUAACUUAAGUCUUCCUCCUUCUUUGAGAGGAAGUCACUCAUUUGAUGAGCGGAUGACUGGCUCUGAUGAUGUGUUCUACCCAGGAACGGUAGGCAUACCACCUCAGCGCAUGUUAAGGAGACAAGCAGCUUUUGAGCUGCCUUCAGUCCAGGAGGGGCAUCUGGAGGGAGACCACCAUGGCAGGGUGUCCAAAAGCAUCACAGGUCCAUCCUUGAAGGAAAAGAAAUUGAUUCCUGGGGACAGGGUCGGCUAUGACUAUGAUGUCUGCCGCAAACCCUAUAAGAAGUGGGAGGACUCUGAGACAACAAAGCAAAACUACAGGGAUGUUUCCUGCAUCAGCCCAUUGAAACAUGGCGGAGAGUACUUCAUGGAUCCCUCGGCGCCAUCCCAGGGCAUGCCAACCAUGUUUGGAACCACCUGCGAAACUCGAAAACGCCGGAAAGAAAAGAGCGUCGGGGACGAGGAGGACACCCCCAUGAUCUGCAGCAGCACGCCUUUGGGCAUCGCGACUGCAGAUUACGAGUCCAAGCUGCAGAUGCAGGAAGGCACGAGGAGUGGGUUCGGCCUGGCUGGACAGGAAAACCUUUCUCACGGGCACUCUGAGCGCUUUGACCUGUGUCGACCCCCGCUGCAAUCUGGGAGCCCCUCUCUCGGGUCAGAGGAGUCACCCUUGGCGGCUGAUCCGGACAAGCAAUCGGAUGGAGCGGGCAGAAAGCCUCCUGGAAAUGUGAUCUCUGUGAUUCAGCACACCAACUCGCUGAGCCGCCCCAAUUCCUUCGAGCGGUCCGAGUCCGCUGAACUCGUGGCCAGCGCCCAGGAGAAAGUCUCAUCACCCUCCGAGACGUGUGACAGCGAGAUCUCCGAAGCCCCGGUGAGCCCGGAGUGGGCCCCGCCCGGGGAGGGUGCGGAGAGCGCGGGGAAACCGUCCCCCGCGCCCCAGGUCCCGCCGCCGCCGCCACCCUACCACGCACCGCCCCGGCUGGUGCGCCAGCACAACAUCCAAGUCCCGGAGAUCCGUGUGACCGAGGAGCCGGACAAGCCGGAGAAAGAGAAGGAAACGCAGAGCAAAGAGCCGGAAAAGCCAGUGGAGGAGUUCCAGUGGCCCCAGAGAAGCGAGACCCUCUCCCAGCUCCCGGCCGAGAAGCUGCCGCCCAAAAAGAAACGUCUGCGACUCGCGGACAUGGAGCACUCCUCUGGGGAAUCCAGCUUCGAGUCCACAGGCACCGGCCUCUCCCGCAGCCCCAGUCAAGAGAGUAACCUGUCCCACAGCUCCAGCUUCUCCAUGUCUUUCGAUCGAGAGGAGACCAUGAAGCUUGCGGCUUCCAAGCCAGAUGAGUUCGGGAAGCAUUCGGAGUUCUUGACCGUCCCCGCCGGUUCCUACUCACUGUCAGUCCCUGGCCACCACCAUCACCAGAAGGAGAUGCGACGCUGUUCAUCUGAGCAGAUGCCUUGUCCUCACCCCACGGAGGUCCCAGAAAUUCGGAGCAAGUCAUUUGAUUAUGGGAACCUGUCCCACGCACCCACAGCUGGAACGUCGGCCGCCUCUGCGCUGUCCCCAUCCCGGGAGAGGAAGAAGUGCUUUCUGGUGCGCCAGGCGUCCUUCAGUGGCUCUCCCGAGAUCUCCCAGGGGGAGGCCGGCGCGGAUCUGGGUGUCAAGCAGGAGCAGCUGGAGCAUCUGCAUGCCAGCCUCAGGUCCACAUGGCCCCACGCUCCAUGCUCCGUGCUCCCUCCCCUCCAGGCCGAGGACCCAGGGAAGCAAGUCGUGGGUCCCUGCCCCCAGCUGAGCUCAGGCCCCCUCCACCUGGCCCAGCAGCAGAUCCUGCACCUGGAUAGUCAGGAAUCUCUGAGAAAUCCCUUGAUACAACCGACAUCCUAUAUUGCAAGCAAGCACUUGUCUGAACAGCCACAUUUGUUUCCCCAUCAGGAGGCUCUCCCAUUUUCUCCAAUCCAGAGCGCCUUGUUUCAGUUCCAGUAUCCUACCGUCUGUAUGGUUCACUUACCAGCCCAGCAGCCCCCUUGGUGGCAGGCACACUUCCCCCAUCCUCUUGCUCAGCACACUCCGAAGAGCUAUGGCAAGCCUUCUUUCCAGGCAGAAGUUCACCCCAGCUACCCCUUGGAGCCCUUGGCCGAACACACUGGAAAGAAAUCCGCUGAUUACAUGCACACGAAAGAUCAAACCUACCCAGGUUAUUCAGGAACAUCAGGGCUACCCUCAAAGAACCUCCUUCCAAAGUUUCCCUCUGGGGAGAGCACCAAGUCAACAGAUACUCCCUCUGAGCAGGUUGUUCAGGAAGAUUUCACCUCAGCGAGCGCUGGGCCCUUGCAGUCCUUGCCGGGAACGGUGGUUCCUGUUAGGAUCCAGACGCACGUCCCAUCCUAUGGGAGUGUCAUGUACACAAGCAUUUCUCAGAUGCUUGGGCAGAACAGCCCUGCCAUUGUCAUAUGCAAAGUUGACGAGAACGUGACACAAAGAACCCUGGUAACCAACGCGGCCAUGCAAGGGAUAGGAUUUAACAUUGCCCAGGUGUUGGGGCAGCAUGCAGGCUUGGAAAAAUACCCCAUCUGGAAAGUACCUCAGACUUUACCCCUUGGCUUGGAAUCCUCAAUCCCCUUAUGUUUACCUUCCACCUCUGACAGCGUGGCCACCCUGGGAGGCAGCAAACGUAUGCUUUCCCCAGCCAGCAGCUUAGAACUCUUCAUGGAAACGAAGCAGCAGAAAAGAGUCAAGGAAGAAAAGAUGUAUGGACAGAUUGUGGAGGAGCUCAGCGCCGUGGAGCUGACCAACUCAGACAUCAAGAAGGAUCUCUCCCGCCCCCAGAAACCCCAGCUGGUUCGACAGGGCUGUGCUUCCGAGCCAAAGGAUGGCUUGGCGUCAGGGUCAUCUUCCUUCUCCUCGCUGUCCCCCUCCUCAUCUCAAGACCAUCCCUCUUCCAGCGUGCCCUCAAGGGAGCCUGGCAUGCCAGGCUCCCGAGCAUCCCCCCUGGGGCAGAAGUCAUCCAGUGGGCCCUCGGAAAGCAAAGAGUCCUCAGAUGAGUUGGACAUUGACGAGACUGCCUCUGAUAUGAGCAUGAGCCCUCAGACCUCCUCCUUACCACCUGGGGACAGUCAGCUCGAAGAGCAAGGAAAGGGCCAGAAACUGCCUGCUGGUGUGCUGGUCCACAGGGCCUCAGGCCCAAGUGGGAAAAUGGCAAAUUCAACUCUUCUUUUCACGGACAUGGUAGAUUUCCAGCAGAUUCUUCAGUUCCCCAGUCUGCGGACAACGACAACUGUGAGUUGGUGCUUCUUGAAUUAUACAAAACCCAAUUAUGUGCAGCAGGCCACCUUCAAAUCCUCGGUUUAUGCUUCAUGGUGCAUUAGUUCCUGUAACCCAAACCCAUCCGGAUUGAACACCAAGACCACACUGGCUCUUCUGAGGUCCAAACAAAAAAUCACUGCAGAAAUUUAUACUCUGGCUGCUAUGCACCGGCCUGGAACUGGCAAACUGACAUCGUCAAGUGCUUGGAAGCAGUUUGCUCAGAUGAAACCAGAUGCGUCCUUUUUAUUUGGCAGCAAACUAGAAAGGAAACUAGUGGGAAGUAUCUUAAAGGAAAGAGGGAAAGGAGAUAUUCAUGGAGAUAAGGAUAUUGGAUCCAAGCAAACUGAGCCUAUUCGAAUUAAAAUCUUUGAAGGAGGAUAUAAAUCGAAUGAAGACUAUGUAUAUGUCAGAGGACGUGGACGUGGAAAGUACAUUUGUGAAGAAUGUGGGAUUCGCUGUAAGAAACCGAGCAUGCUCAAAAAGCAUAUCCGCACGCAUACUGAUGUCCGGCCUUAUGUAUGCAAGUUAUGUAACUUCGCCUUCAAAACAAAAGGAAACCUAACAAAGCAUAUGAAAUCUAAAGCACACAUGAAGAAAUGCCUGGAGUUGGGGGUCUCAAUGACAUCAGUCGAUGAUACCGAAACUGAGGAAGCAGAAACGAUGGAAGAUUUGCACAAGGCAAGUGAGAAGCACAGCAUGUCCAGCAUUUCGACUGAUCAUCAGUUCUCAGAUGCUGAAGAAUCGGAUGGUGAAGAUGGAGAUGAUAAUGACGAUGACGACGAAGACGAUGAUGACUUUGAUGACCAAGGAGAUUUGACACCAAAAACAAGAUCAAGAAGCACCAGUCCCCAGCCUCCUAGAUUCUCCUCCUUGCCUGUGAAUGUUGGCGCUGUGCCCCAUGGGGUUCCUUCCGAUAGCUCCCUGGGGCAUUCUUCAUUGAUCAGCUAUUUGGUUACCUUGCCAAGUAUUCAGGUCACUCAGCUGAUGACACCAAGUGACUCAUGUGAAGAUACUCAGAUGACAGAAUACCAGAGGUUAUUCCAGAGCAAAAGUACAGACUCAGAACCAGACAAAGACAGGUUAGACAUCCCCAGUUGUAUGGAUGAAGACUGCAUGCUGUCUUCAGAGCCGGGCUCCUCCCCACGGGACUUCUCACCCUCCAGCCGCCAUUCCUCACCAGGAUAUGAUUCUUCACCCUGUCGAGAUAAUUCACCAAAGAGGUGUCUGAUACCCAAAGGGGAUUUGUCACCCAGAAGACAUUUGUCACCUAGGAGAGAUCUGUCACCCAUGCGACACCUUUCACCAAGAAAGGAAGCCGCCUUGAGAAGAGAGAUGUCACAGAGAGAUGUUUCACCAAGAAGGCAUCUGUCCCCAAGGAGGCCAGUGUCACCUGGGAAAGAAAUCAUGGCCAGGAGGGACCUCUCUCCCAGAAGAGAGAGAAGAUACAUGACCACCAUAAGAGCACCAUCUCCCAGAAGGGCUUUAUACCACAACCCACCAUUGUCCAUGGGGCAGUAUUUGCAAGCAGAGCCAAUUGUAUUGGGGCCUCCUCAGAAUUUAAGAAGAGGAUUACCUCAGGUUCCUUACUUCAGUCUCUAUGGAGACCAAGAAGGUGCUUAUGAACAUCCCGGCUCCAGCCUUUUCCCUGAGGGUCCUAAUGACUAUGUCUUCAGUCAUCUUCCACUCCACUCUCAGCAACAAGUGCGAGCUCCUAUCCCUAUGGUGCCAGUUGGUGGGAUCCAAAUGGUUCACUCCAUACCGCCGGCCCUCUCCGGUUUACACCCUCCACCCACAUUGCCUCUGCCAAUGGAGGGCUCCGAGGAGAAGAGGGGAGCCUCAGGGGACUCCUUCGCCAAGGAUCCCUACGCAGUUUCGAAGCAGCCCGGGAAGCGGUCGCCUUACGCUCCCCAGUCAUCUGGUCCACCUAGCACGCCCUCGUCUCCGCGGCUCCUGAUGAAACAGAGCACUUCAGAAGACAGCCUGAAUGCCACAGAGCGGGAACAGGAGGAAAACAUACAGACUUGCACAAAAGCCAUCGCCUCCCUCCGGAUUGCCACAGAAGAGGCCGCUUUGCUUGGGGCAGAUCAGUCAGCUCGGGGGCAGGCGCCUCAUCAGAAACCCUUGGAAAGUGCACAGGCUAGCAUUAGACACUUUAGUGGACCUGAGCCAGGUCAGCCCUGUACCUCAGCUACCCACCCUGACUUGCAUGAUGGCGAAAAGGACAAUUUUGGUACAUCCCGGACUGCGUUCGCCCACUCCACAUUUUACAGCAAGAGUUGUCUGGAUGACCAACAGUCAGGCUUUCAAGACAGCAAGGAAUUACCUUCAAGCACAGAGGCAGGCAAGGAACCGGCUUCAGAAAAGAGUCAACUACAUUGAUCUAAGAUGCAUGGAGACUUUCAUUUCCACAUUUUCCCAUUUGUUUUUGUUUUUGUUUUUCUAGAAAUAGAGGUAAUCAAGUUUAUAGCAUGCCUGUCCUAAGUUACUGGUAGUUUGCUAUUAUAUAUACUUUUGUUAUAUCAGAAGAAUUAGGUAAAUUAACAAGUCAUCAUGAGCCUGACCAAAACAAAAUUUGAAAUUAACCUAUUGGGUCUGGUACUUUUAAAAUUGUACAGAUGUUUGUGCCUUUUCUUUACUUUGCUUAUAUUCUUAUAAGCAUUUUUUAGCAGUAAUUUGUACAUAUUUUAGAAUUUGUGUAUCUGCUUUGUAAUAAAUGUAAUUUCUUUCCUUUUUUGGACACUUGGAUCUAAAUGAUGUAAAGCAAAACAGCAUCAAUAUAUAUGUGAGGUUGCACUAAAACAUAUUUUUAUAUGAUUAAAACUGAACAGCUUUUAUGUACAGCUCUGAUUCUGUAAUACUAAUAUUUAUUUACUUUGUUUCAUAAAUUGUACAUUUUUUCUUAAUGUUGUGGAUUGCUUUUCUAUGUGAAGCAUGGGGUUUACUGUUGCGUAACUAGAGCAAAAAAUGUAUAUUGUAAACAAGAUAUUUAAACUAGAGUAUCUUAUUCUGCACUUAUGCAUUAGUUAAAAAAAAAAAGAUAAAGGAUGUAUCAGUCAGUUCUUAACUCUUGUAAAUUUUUUUGUCUCUUGUUUGCUGGAUUGACUAUAACUUAAGUGCUGAUUGUGAUUUUAAACUGAUAGUACCGUAAAGCAUUAAAGUAAACAACGUGCUAUUGUGAGUUUUUUCAAAGCUUUAUAAAUCAGUUAUAAAUAAUAUUAAAAGUAUUUGGUCUUAUGUGAACAUGUUGAUCUAUAUACUCAACUAAAAAUAUGGGAAAACAUUCCGCCCCAUGUAAAUAUGUACAAGUGCAUCACUGGUACAAUUUUAUGUAACUCAGUUGGACACUAGGUUGCCACAGACCUAUGCUAGGGUGUCUUUAAAAAUUAAAGUGACAAAGCACAUGGGACUGUGUUGAGCUUGGUUAUCGGCCGGCCCGGUGGCUUGGCAGGCAGUGCUGUGCGCUGCCCGUGGAGAAGACCUGGGCUUAGCAAUCUCCUUGGUUCUUGCUGCACGAGAUGGUGACUGGAACUAAGGCUACUACAGAGGGGUCGCGCUUGGACUGAGAGGUGGGUGUGGAAGCGGGGAAGGGCAUGGAGACCUGCUCCUUAGCCUUUCCUGUCAGCCAGUCUGCAUGGUAACAGGGUUGACAUCAGCUCUGGGGGAAGACACUUAACCCUACAGCAGAAGGGAAGAGUGUCAGACCCCUGGCUAUCUCAGGGGGAAUGGAGAAGAAGCUUACCAGGGAAAAGAACUUGUGGGAGGAUGCUGUCUUUUGUAUAUAACAUUCAGAAUGGGCUUUGGUUAGCGUUGACGAUGGGCAGAGCCUUUGUUUGUAGGUUCCCAAGAGUGGAAGGAAGGGAAGGGGUACAACACAUGGGCACACACAAACACGUGUGUGCACACACACACACACACAAUCUGGGUUAUCUUUGUGCUAUAUAGUGGAUUAUAAUUCUGUGAAACCAAGUUUGUAUAUUGAAUUACAUUAAGGAGUGUUCUUUAAAAAGAGAAAUAAAUAUAUGAUUACAUGCUUGA